GGAGAGAGAAGAGGGUGGAGCUACACAACGUGACAUCCUAACUGAGGUAGUAUAAAUAGGAGGUGGUGCCAGAUUCUCCUGUGGGUAAAGGAAUGAAGGGCUACAUGCUGCAACUUACUGCUCAUAGGAGUCUGUAAGUGACAUUGAAAUGAAUCUUUAAGACUCUUAUAGUCUCAGAACUGCACAAAUAUUAAGUAUAACAACAAUUUUGCUCUUUUGUUUUUUAUUAUUUAAAUGCCUGAUGUAAAACUGACAUGAUAUUUUUUUCUGUUUUCUAGAAUCCCAACCAAGCACUGAGGAGAAUAAUCCCAUCAGAAGAUGUCCAGCACAAGUGUGGUUCCUGUGGUUGGUGUUGGAUCGAUGGCUCAGUCGGCCGGACUUGUGGAGAUUGCCGUGAGGCUGUGCUUGAACCAGCGUAAAGAACUGUGUCCUCAUGUCUGGGUUCCCAUCCUCAAGCCCCAGCGACCUUGCAUCCGGCCUCCGCUUUCAGACCAGCUGUCGUCUGACAUCUUGAGCCAGACUUACCUCAGCCAUCCUUUCUCAUCCCUCUUCGGCGACUUAGACGACGACCUCGACGAUGAAAUUUUCAUCCCCACGAAGAACAAACGCGUGGUUUUCGCGGACUCACAGGGCUUGUCUCUGACGGCCGUGCGAGAAUUCUCCGACGACGAAGAAGAGCAGUCUGACCUCGACUUGCUGCCGUCGCUGCAGGGUUUGGGGAGCAUGACAGAGGAUGGCUACAGCUGCACCGUCAGCACCUGCUGCCCAGGAACACGCCUCAAACUGGACUUCCCACAGCCCUCAGCAGAUUUCCAUGCCUUCCGUGCCAAGCUGGCAGAGAGCAUGGUGAUCCUGGAGAACUGCAGCGUGAGCGAGCAGGCCCUGCAAGGCACCGUCCGGGUCAGGAACAUCAGCUUCCAGAAAGAUGUGCGAGUGCGCAUCACCUUCGACUCGUGGCAGAGCUACAGAGAUGUUCACUGCACGCACCUGCAGAAACGCUUCGGGGGACCCCAGACGGACAUCUUUGAGUUUGACAUUGCCAUUCCCAACGUGCUAGAUGCCAAAAGGAAGAUAGAGUUCUGUUUGUCUUACUUGCCAGGAGGGGGGAGUGAGGCUUUUUGGGAUAAUAACGGCGGACAAAAUUACAGCAUUACUGUGUGCGUGAGCUCACACCUCUGCCACGGGAAGAAUCUAAGUGAAAGGGCAUGACUUACUCCAGUCAGGAGCAUCUCUAUUUAUAUCAUGCAUACUGCGACAGCCGUGGGUGAAAGUGCAGUGGGUAUUUUUUCAUUACAUUUGCAUCGUUUUUUACUCUGAACUGGUGUUUUUUUUCUCAUGUUUAGACAUCUCAGCAGCUGCUCUGUAUAAAAGUAAGUCUACUACAGGUCAGUUUUGUUGUAUUCAGUUUCCUUUUCCAGUUUCCUUUCACGGUUCAGACUGUUGUCAUGUCCUACAUUUUGGCCACUCACCAGCAAAUGGAUUGGUCUUGUGCAAAAGGGACGGGGAUUCCUUUCACUCUGGGCAUUUGUGGAUUCACAUAUAGGUCAGACAUAACUGGGCUGUAACAAAUAGAAUCCCCAUAGGAAGAACGAAGCUAAUCUUAGCUCAGGAAUGUUUGCAGCUGAGGUGUGCUGCCAGGGAGUUACAAUGGGGAGCAUUGAGAUACCAUCUUCCCCAUUACCUCUCUGUAUUCAGAACCUCAGCACAUCAAAUGGCUUCCAGUGUCGUUAUAUUUCAUAUUAAUAUGGAAUAAAAGUGCAGCAUUUA